AUGCAGUGGUUGGGUGACUCGGUGGAUAAGGAAUUGAAGUUGGAUUUGUGUCUUACCACGGUGGGGGGAAAGGUGGAGACAUUGACUCCGUCGACGGCGAGUGGGCGGUCCGGCGAUCUGGCAGGGGUUCCGCCGACCAUGGAAUUCUUGCUGCAGCCAAUAAACAGAACUCUGCUUGAGGAGGUCAAUGAAAAUAACGGGACAAUGGAGCCCGUGCGGUUCCCAGUGGCCGCGCCGGCGGAGAUUCCUGAUCCAGCCCCUGCCGGGUCAAGUGCGGACGGCCAGAUCUAUCGGCCGGAAGCAUCAGACGGGGACAAGGUUCAGGGGUCCGAGCACUCAAUAGAGCAGUUGGACCCCAAGACACCAGGAUGGACGCAAAGGGUGCGUGUAGGUGUUGUUGCUUCAGGAAGGCCUCCUUGUGCGAACAGGGUCACGGCGCUGGAGAAGACCGUGAGGGAGUUUGCGGAGCAUCCAAGAGACAUAGUUAUGGUCCCAAAGAUUGGAACAAGUUUCGACACCCUCGGGGAAGCAUAUGACUUUUACAAUCUGUACUCCUGGGAGAAAGGAUUUGGUAUUCGUUACAGAAAGAGCAGGCUGAAUGUGAAUAGGACAAAGUGUAUGCAAGAGAUCGUGUGUGGAUGCGCAGUAAGAUGA